ACACGCAACAUUCGUUUGAAAGCGCGCGCGCCGGUAAAAUCAUUCGAUCGCAGCCGCUUCGGUAAAACGUCGUGUAAUUAAAUUGACAUCUAAUCGAAUAAUGGUUUAAACAAUCGACUUUGCGCGUCAAUGAUCACUCCGGUAUCAUGUGCUGUGAAAAAGGCAACGUUCAAAAUGCGAGCGCUAAUUUUACGUACACGAAAAAUUUAGACAUUAAAUAUAGUUUCGCGAGGACGAUAUGGACAGCGGCCAUUCUGUGAUAAACGUGUGUUAAGAUCGAAACUGUGAACCGUCAAGAUGAUGUCCAAGAAGCAGUUCGCCUGCAUGCUAGUCCUUCAUAUUGUUUACCUUCUGGUAGGUGCAAGUAUAUUUUACCACAUCGAGAGUCCUGUUGAAGUCGCUCAGAGGGCCGAAGAAAAACUGGAAAGACUUGAAAUCCAAAAUCUUCUAUACGAAAAUUACAUUCCGAACGACCCAACGAAACAGGACAGUAUACUACGAAAGCUGUCAGAUUACUGUGGGAAACCAAUGUAUAAUAUUACCACUGAAGAUGAGGAGCAAGCCUUUAUGUGGGAUUUCUAUCACUCACUGUUUUUCUCAUACACCGUUGUCAGUACUAUCGGUUACGGAAAUUUAUCACCGACAACACAUCUAUCCAGAAUCCUGAUGAUCUUCUACGGUUUAUUCGGUAUCCCGAUCAAUGGUAUCUUACUUGCCAACCUCGGAGAAUACUUUGGGCUUCAGCUAAUCUCCGUCUACCGAAAAUACAAGAGACGCAAUGAAAAGCGCGCAGAUAAAUUAGAUUACUUCUUCAAUAAUCUGGGCAUGCUGGGUCAGAUUUUCCUCUACCUGGUUCCUGGUUUUCUGUUCUUCAUUUUCCUGCCAGCUUGUAUUUUUGUCGUCUUCGAGGGAUGGGAUUUUGUAGCCGGUGUCUAUUACGCGUUUGUUACAUUGACAACUAUUGGCUUCGGUGAUUUGGUUGCCGGCACAGUGAACAAUGGUUUCAAACAAGGAUACUUUCUCACCUACCAAAUAUUCCUUCUCGUUUGGAUAACCUUCGGCCUUGGGUACAUAGUAAUGUUACUUGGAUUUAUCACAAGUGGCAUGAGAUCAGAAAAAGUCCACAAAAUCGAACAAAAAUUUGCCAACCAACUUAAAUCAACUCAAAGUAAAAUACUGCAAGGAUUUACACGAGAUCUUGCUGCUAUAAGGAAGAUAAUAAAUGAAGCAAAUUUAAUUAAAUUGAAGCCCGUCUAUGUCGAGCCAAAACCACAUCUGCAUAGAAGUGCCAGUUGCCCAAUACUUACAUUCGAUGUUGAACCAAGAGGGUCAAUACCAAAACGAAAAAGGGCUAAUUCCGAAAAUAUACAACUAUCAACCAAAGAUAUCCUUCGAAUACAAUCGGAUACUGAUUUGCUUGGUAUUGACAAAGAGAAAACUUUUACAGCACAAGCUAUUGUUAAGCCAGCUGAACUUUUAGCAAGAGUUGUAAAUGUAUUGGGUGGCUUCAACCAAGUUCCAGACAGAGGUAUUAAUAUCUUCGAUGACGACCAGAUUUUAGCCAGUGAAAAUCCUCCAGUGUUUAGCAUAGGUCAUGAUAUUCUUACCAAACGAACAAGAGCAUGCAGUGUAGCAGUACCAAAUUACAGAAAAGAGUCUGUGGCCAAAUUCAAUCAUGACUUGACGUGGACAAAUGGUGAUACAGCAGAAAAAUUUAGAAAGGAAGCAAAUAUUCGGACCGGAAAAUUAUCCCUUCCUACAGCUGUGACCCCCACUGAAGAUAUGCAACCAAAGAGCCUGUUUGCAAGAUUAUUUAGGAAACCUAGUUCCGGUGAAAGUCCUGCAGAAUAUAUUAAAAAUACUAUGAAAGGAAGAGUAAGUGCAGCACAAGCAAGUGAUAAACCAAAACAAACUAGUAUGUACCCUCUUUCGUAUGGACUCAGUGAUGAAGAAAGAAGUGACUUAGAAGAUUACAAAGAAAAAACCAAACGGGGAAGACACAGUAUUUUCCCAACUUUUGAUUUUUCUGAAGACGAAGACACAGCAGCCAUGAGAUCAUAUCAAGAAAAGCCGAAACGACAUAGUAUAUUUCCAACAUUUAAUUUCAAUGAAGAUGAAAAUGACGAGGCAAAGGCCUACAAAGAACGAACAAAACAUGGGCGAUAUAGCAUAUUCCCUACAUUUGAUUUUAGCGCACAAACUAGUAACGAUGAAGAUACCAUGGACGAAGACGAAAUACAGAGAUAUCAAAACCGCACACGAAAAGGUCGAACAAGUUUAUUUCCGUCCUUUAGCAAAUCUAAGAAAAAUGAUGACGAUACAUUACCCGAAAGUUCUGAUGAAUUAGUCAACUACAAGGAAAAGACGAAACAUGGACGUAGUAGCCUCUUUCCAACGUUUGGUAAGAGUCGUAAAACUAGUUCUCCUGAUGACUGUUCGACAGACUUAGAAAAAAGUAUCAGACAGUACCAAAACCAAACAAAGCGUGGUCGCAACAGCUGUUUUGCGGGCACGUCGACGGACUUUACCAGUGAAUUAGAAAGUUAUAAGAACAGAACUAAACGCGGUCGGCCAAGUCUAUUUGAUCCAGAUGUUAAUAUUUCCAAUCUACCAGAAAACGAACAAGUGGAAGUUCUUGAAAAUACAAGUGUCGCAGAUUUGUUACGUGCACUAGCGGUUUUAGAAACUGCAAGUCCAUCUAGCAAUCGUCCGAUACGACCUGAUUACAACCUUCCAACCAUUCCUAGUAGGGAUUUGGAUGAGCAGGUUGGGUCAAGACGUAGAAGGGUCAGUGCUCGACUUGCAGCGCCCCAAUUUACCCCAACCUUGGCGACGGUAGUAGCAGGCGCCGAAUUGCAAAUAACAGCUGCUUCACAAAGGGAGAAUAGAAUGACGAUGCUGACGCAGCCUCCUCCACCGUAUACUGAAACUGAGGAUUACCAGCCCCGUGCUAGAAGGUAUUCCCCUGCAUCGUCAGGAUCGUCCACUGCUCCUGUACCAAGACCAUAUGCUAGAAACCGUAAGGAAAGUCAAGAUGACUCCAGGCGCGGUAGUUUAACGGAUAUUGUGAUAGAUAGUAACAAAGACAAAAGUUAGUGCCCUAUAGUACAUAGACUAUUAUUUAUUUUAAAAAGCCGUCCAAAGGAUUGCCAUUCCUGUAUAAGUGCAUUAGUGAAGUGCCAUUAGCUUUUAGUGUGUAAGGUUUAUUGUUAAUAGCUGAUAUGAAGAAUUUCAGACUUUAUACGUAAUGAAAUACCUUUUUAUUUAAUGUAGACUCCAAUUAUAUAGACUCAUUCCAUAUACAUAUAUCAUUUAUUAAGUUCAUAGUUACUUGUUUUAUUUUCAUGUUCGAAGUGGAAAUACGUAAUAAUAUUUAAAGUGAAAAGCACGUCUUAAGUUUUACCAACAAAUGUUGUCUUGGUAUAUUAACCAUAAAAAAGCUAAUCGUCCGCAUUUCUUGGCU